GAAGAAUGAGUAAGUGACCCUAAACUUUUGAACAGUAAUGCAUAAAAGAUAUCAAACUACUACAGCUAUAUAAUAAUAUAAAAUAAUAAUCAUACUUAGCGAGAGGCUAAAGACUAAAAAGACAAAAUAUAUCUUUUUUGAAUUGUAUUACCUUCCUCCUCAUAGCAAUGGAAAGAUCCUGAUCUUGGAUGGCUACAUGAUAAAUAUAGAUAUCCAGCUGUUGUGUUACCUGCUGAUAAAAUCUGGACUCCCACGAUCGUUCUGGACAAUGCAUUAGACACAACUACGGAGCCGUACACGGAUGAUGUGCAGGUGCGGAGAGACGGUCUGGUGGAGCACUCUAUUAUCUUAUUCACGUCAGUGAGCUGCGAAAUCAACUUAUUCAACUAUCCAUAUGUGUUUGGGGAGUGUCCUGUGGCCAUCAAUGGAUGGAGCCAAAGAUUUUGUUCACUAAAACUGAACAUUGCUGAUAAUGUGUCUUUGAUCAGCGGUAGUGCAGGAGAGUGGCAGACUUUGAACGUGUCCAAAGUUACGGAUAUGUCGCAGGAAGAUCACAAUUAUCUCUUUGUAAUUAUUCAAUUCUAAUCUUAUGAAUGAUCGUGUUGGUUUUAUUUGUAUUCACUUCUGUCUUUCAUGACUUGAUCACGAAUGGUCAUACAAUUACCAUUAACCACUGUUUGACUCUUGUCACUUGCUGCCUAAUAUGUUUAUCUCUUUUUGAUAGGUGUCAUCAUAAUAUAGUAAAUGUUCACUUUAUAAAUACGGUCACGUUCAUUUCUAACCAUUUAUGACAUCGGCCUUGUUGCUACUGAUAUGGUUAUGUUAAAGCAGGUGUAAAAAGUUACCUGUAAUAUUAAACUCUCAAAGCAUUAUUGAUUACAUGAUUUACCAUCUAUUGUUUAGUCUCUCAGAACUGAAGAAAGGCAUAAUGUAUUACCUCACUCACAGUACAAACUUUAAGAAAUCAAAUGCUUCUAAUUAUUCAACAGGUCACCCUGUCGGUCAACCCCUUCGGUGCGUUUGUGACUUUGAUCUUGCCCAGUGCACUUAUAAUGUUGGCUGACCUGAUGAGCUUUGCUCUGCCAUUUGAAAGUGGGGAACUCAACACUUUUAAGGUCACGCUGGUCCUGAGCUUCACUAUGUUCCUCCUCAUCCUCAAUGAUCAUCUGCCUAACGGUGGAAAUUGCAGCCCUCUCCUCUACUAUCACUUUAGUUUCUGUCUGGUCUGUUUGGUGCUGAGCGUGCUGAUUUCUCUCGUGUUAACACGUCUGGCUGAAGACAGCAGCAUCAUUCCAUGCAUACGUAAAAAAACAUCAAAAGUCACUGAAACUGGCACCAGCAAAGAUACAGAGAGUGGUCAAGAAAACGACAAUCCUGAUGUGAUUGAGACAAAGUCUGGUGGUCUGCUAUCAGAACAAGCUUCACUCCAGAAGAUUGUGAAGUUUCUGGAGAAAAUGGAUAAAGAGGAUAAUGAUGAAGACAGUACCAGUGCCUUUGCCUAUCGUCUGGAGAAAUGCACUUUCUUCUUUUUCCUAACCAUUUAUAUACUGUAUGCCAUAAUUCUUAUUUGUAUUACCCGGACAGACAUUUGCAAGGUUAAUAAUCUAGACUUCUGGGGUCCAGCUACGUCUGAAGAUUACAGCUACAGCUAUGACUACUAUUCAACAUAAUAUCCACAGAGCCUCUGUCAUUUCUCUCUUCUGCUUCAUGGCUGUAUGCAUAGUCUAUGUGUAUGUAUAGGAAAAGCAGUGCUACUGAUUUUUUACAUUUAUUAGAUAAUCAGGCGGAUAUGUUUAAGUUAUGUAUAGAAGGUAAAACAAAAAAUCCUGACUGAAUAGAUAAACCCAGUGACUGUUAGAUAAACGCAGAUUUAGUCUUGUUUUAAAGUUAAUCUAAUGUAGAAUUUUUUUGUUCUGUACAUUUUCCAUUUUGAGUUAUUCUAAGACAUAUAUAAAACAAUAUACACUCUUAAAAAUAAAGGUGGUUUAACAGUUCUACACAGCAACGCCACCAUAGAAAAAGCGUUAUUGGUUCCUCAAAAAAAAAAAAAUUCAGUCAAAGGUCUUUCAUAACUUUUUCUAAUAAAGUGAACACACAAAAUGCGAAUUGAACCAUUUGCCAAUGCCAAGUCAAUGCAAAGAUGCGAAUGAACGCAAAUAGACGCGCAUCGCGCGAGGCGAUGUGAAUGACACGAAUUGGGCGGAAUGAUUGCUGCAAAAUCACGCGCUAGUCACCUCAAAUGCGUCUUCGCGCAAGUUUACAUUUCGCAUGACACGAAGAUAAAUCCCGCAAGUAAUUUAGAGCGAGGAACGCGAUGCUUCACUUUUGGUGUGUACACAGCAUAAUGUGAAGAACUUUUUGUGAAACAGAAAGG